CGUGUUGCCGGUCACACAUGCAUGCUAGUUAUUUGCUUGAAACAAAAGAAGGAUGAAAAGAAGAAGAAAGAACUCCCCGGGUCCCUCGAAUGUUACAUCUAACAACCGUAAUUGCCCCAGAUGGAAGAAGUUAACCACCACCACAUCUCUCGUCUCUCCCCACUGUCGCCGCUUGUUGCAUCUUAAAAUAUUCAGCGUCGUGACCGUGACGGGGUCGGCUCACGACCUCUUGGAAAAUUUCCACACGUACCAUCCAUCCAUCCAUCCAUCCAUCCAUCGCUGUAAUUGAAAAAAAAAAGAAAAAUGUUAUUUUAUCCUUUAAUGGCUAGGAAAUACUUCGGCGCAUUCUUCUUUUUUUCUUUUGAUAGCUCCGCAAUCUGCGCUAUUAUUAUUUACGGUUGAUACGAGACUACGACUCUUCACUUCGUGAUGAUAUGUGAACAUAUAAAGCAAAACAAAAAAAUAAUAAUAAUAUUAUUUCUUGAAUCACACGUCCGUAUUAAGAAAAAGAACAAAAGACGUACAGUAGAUUUUAAAAGAAUAUGCCUGACAUUAUCAGUCAUAAAGGAGGAGUCGGUGGUGGGGUGGGUGGGUGUUGGAUAAGUCGUGGCUGGCGUUUUGAAUGAGGACAGGCGAUAAGAGGUAGUCCCAACUGUUCCAGUACGUCCUGGAAAAAAGGGUGGCAAGUGGGAGGAGGGAGAAUGAGCAUAGAAGACCUGGAAAACCAACGGAGUUGCGUGUGCAGAGAGGGGAGCUGGUGGGGGUAUGGACCUUCCAGGGCGAGUAUAUAAGGCCAUAGACUUGGCCCAGUAUCUUCAGUCGUCUUCAUCACUCCAACGAAUCAACCCGAAAGGGAAACAACACAUUGCAACUACAAGCACCAGCCCCAUUUCGAGAUACAUAGCAACAUGAAGUUGUCGUUGGUCUCUGCGUUGUUCGUGGCCACAGCAGUGCUGUCCGUGUCGGCCGAACGGAACGAGAGGCAGCUCUUCUCCUCGUCACGAUUCUCCUCUUCGGGACUCGUCUUCCCAGGGCCGCCGGCCACUCAAGCCCAUCCACCCAAACAGCAGCUGCAACAACGGGCUGGCAUCCAACAGAGACAAGCCGAACUUCCUGCUGGCGCUGGCAACCAACAGGCGUCGGAGAAAUCCGAUGCGUCCGGUUUCGUCCCGUCCAGCCGUCAACAACUGCCGCAAGCGCAACGUUUCCAACAGGGUCCCAACUUCGCCAACCGCCCAGGAAAUGGCCCCAGGCCUCCGUUCGUCCCAGGAAGUCAACAGGAAAGAACUUUGCCGCCAGUCCCACUCUCGUUGAUCGGCCAACAGCCGGAAGAGUUCAUCGCUGCCGCCCAACAACGCCAACAAUUGCAGCAGCAACAGCAGCAGCAACAGGCGCAACAGGCCAGACAGCAACAACCCCAGCAGCAGCCCCAGCAACGCCCUCAAAUCAAACCCGAAGAAGAGAACGAGGAACUGCUCACUUCGGCCGAAAUUCAGAGGGAAUUUCCGGAAGAGUUCGUUCCACGCGCACCGGUUCGCCCACAACCUCAGCCUCAACCUCAACAAAGAGAGAACCCCGAGAAGCCGAUCCGAAUCCGACCCCGACCUCAGCAGGAUGAACGGGCCGAGCCAUCGAUUCCUCAGCCAACUCAGCAGCGCCGACCCAACUACCCGUCCGACUACAAACCGCAAGGUCGCCCGCAACAGAAUAACGGACUGGACGAUGAGCGACGCCGGCCACAGCCAAACCAGGCCGCCGAAGCGGAAGACGAAUUGCUCGAUGAGGAAGAAGAGGUCAAGCCGGACAAAUUGCAACUGCUGCUCCAAAAGACAGAUUUCAGCUGCGUCGAAAGGAAGGAUGGCUACUACGCUGACGAGGCCGUCGAAUGUGAAAUCUUCCACUACUGCCAAGAUAAGACUCGCCACUCUUGGCUCUGCCCCGCAGGUGCCUCUUUCCAUCAGGUUCAUCUCAUCUGCAUGCCCGUUGCCAAGGAUAACAUCUGCAAGAAGUCGUCGCAAUUCCACUUUGUCAAUGACUACUUGUACCAGCCGAUGCAGGAUGAGGACGGUAACAACAGCACUCUGUACGCUGAUCGAUACUACCCGGACGGCUACCUGCCAGGAGACGAUAUGGCCGAUGUCGUUGAGCCCGAGAAACCCAAUCUUCAAUACAACAACCGACGCCAGCAAGCUCCUGCACAGAACAAUAGGUCGCAGCAACGGUACAAUCCCGACAGGCCCAACCGGGAACGCGUCCCCAUCAACGAAAACCGAAGGCAGGGAAUUGAGCCAAGACGCCCAGCGUUCCAGGCACCUUCCGCCGAUGAGGAUUCUGCUUACAACAAAUCUCGUGGUGAGGAUUCGCCGAAUCGCCGCGUCGCUAGCCGCCCCCAAAUGGAGGCAGCAGAAGAUGAAGAAGAGGAACAGUAAUUUAUUAAAUUUUUAAAAAUUCAGUUAUUGACAUAUUUGAGAAGAGAGUUUGUUUCGUUUCUGUUUUCCGUUUUUUUUUUGUGUUUCCUUGUUUUCCCAUUGAUCUGCUGCUUUGACCGCUAGUGUCACUCGUGUCCUACUAACCGAGAAUGCGCGUAUACUCAAAUUUUUAAGGAAAGAUUAUUACACAUGUGUUGCACGAAA